GGCACCUCUUCUUUUUCCCCGAUUCCAUCUUCUGCCGAUCUCACGCAUCUGCGUCGCCCGACUUCUUCUCGAUCUCACUAGCACAUCACCUCCCAAUCAUUGAUGCCGCGAUUUCUUCACCGGGGCAGUUCUGCAGUUGGUGCCACAGGCAGUGGGAAUCCUUCGCCAGAGUUGCAGUGCGGUCAUUGCCGAUAGCACCAGUCAUAGCGGGCAUUGCAGACGACCAGAUCUACCCGUUGCACACCUUACACACUUUCGAACCCUCGAUACCGGUCACAGUGACCCCUUGCUGCUAUACUCGAGGACAGCGACUUCACUUAGUUCGGCCACAGCUACUGGUGGUGGAGUUAUCCGAUCGUAAGUCAACAGAGGUGCAUUCGGAUUGGGAGAUCAUUCUGGAAAUUAACCCUUAUUUGGUCAUAAUGAGAACAACGAAGAAUUAUUCUCUGUUCUUAAUGUUGAGAUCAAGUGUUGGGGAGCUGUUUUAUAAGAAAACAGCAAAGCCGGGCCUUCGUUUCUUUGCCAAAGGCCUUAUUCUUGGGAAUUCUCACUUCCAUUCCCUGUCUCCUUCAGAUUUUUUCCUAUGUAAUAGAGCAUACAGUGUUCUUGUGAGAGACUUUGUUCUUUGUGGUGGUUCUCAGCAUGGCUUACAAGAAUCAAAGGCUUUGGAUCGAUCAUUCUACUCGUCAAGUACUUGUAGUGGAGAAUUGCCUAAGUGUUGGAACUGUGGUGGCACUGCUCCAACAUCUAUCCCAUUCUUGGCUUGUGAAUCGUGUGGAAGUGUGCAACCCAGGAAUCUAUCUAUUGAUUUCUUCCAGAUUUUUGGUCUAGAAAGAUCACAUGACAUAAAGGAUGAUAAUCUAGAAGGGAAGUACAAAGAUUGGCAGAAAAAGUUGCACCCUGACUUGGUGCAUUCAAAAUCUGAGAAGGAAAAGAUGUUUGCGGCUGAGCAAUCAGCUCUAGUCAUUGAUGCGUAUCAAACUUUAAGGAAGCCAUUGCUGAGAGCAAUAUACCUGUUGAAACUGGGGGGAAAGCAUGUGGAUGAAGAGAAAACUAUCACAGAUCCAGAAAUGCUGGCCGAGAUGUUGGAAAUGCGAGAAGCUGUUGAUGAAGCACAUGAUUCACCGACACUGAAGAAGAUAAGGGCCGAGGUCGAAGAAAAAUUUGAGACAUAUUCUCGAUCAUUCAGCCAAGCUUUCUCGAGUGGAGAUUUUGAUGAUGCCAUCUCAUCAAUUGAUAGAAUGAGAUACUAUGACCGUGCUAUCGAAGAGAUAAGAAAGAAACUUUAAAAUUUUCACCAUCUUGUCGACUGCUGGUGAUAGUGAAUGCCAGAAUAGUUAUCACGGAGCCAUUUUCAUUUGUGGCUGUGUUGGAAGCUGAUGUUCCCGAAAAGCAUUGAGAAAUGUAGCGAUAGGCCUGUUCUCACUUUAUUGGUGAAUUUAAACCUUCUGUUUUCCUUUUUUUUGUAACUCGAGCAGAGUACCACAAUACCACAUACAAUAGGUUUAAGUGCUUUGUUACAAAAGGAAUAAUCUUUGUUAACAUGAAGUUUACCAAGAUCAAAGAGCUAUUAUACCA